GCUGUCUGUGAGGUACUCCAAGCAAUGAUUUCCUCACUUGUCAGCUAGCAACUGGGGCCAUUGAGGACCAAAUGUGCACCUGAGCCCAAAGGAAUGUACCUGCAAGAUAUGGCCCUAUACAGACACUAUUAUGAAUCCAGACAUAUCCCAGGCUUGGUGUUCUGAAACUGACCAGCAUUCAUGCAAGACUUGACUUGGCAAAAUCCUGAACUAGCUUCCUCAUGAAAUUCCAGGUUGAGACUCUUCCCAUCCUGACCAUGGAGGUGGAGAUCGAUUCCGAGAGCACCCCCAUGACGCCUUGCACAGAGAGAGUACACUCUACCUGAAUGAAAAAACAACAGUAAGGACUGGUGAAUGCUGAUUGGUGCGUAUAUUUUAAAAGCAUUUGGCACUCAGCCUUCCUACAGCUAUGUCACCUGAACAAAAUGACUUGGGUCUGUAAUGAGAUAAAAGAAAGGAAGAAAAGAGUUAUUGACUGUCCUGUGGUGUUAGUCUAGCGAUUUAUGCUGGCAACCAAUCAACAUCUGUGUUGGGAGCCUCACAUGUAAAUUUGGGAGGACAAAAUGGAGCAGACUUGGAUAGAAGGAGCUGCUAGAUUGGAUCGGUCUAUACUUAUGGACUUCAGUUUAUACUUCAAACUUCUGGACAAAAAGGGGAAAAUGGUCUUGAAACUCAGAUCCGCCAUCCUCUCUAGCUCCCGAGUAUGGGGCUCUUUGGCCUGUGCCACCACAUCUUGUUUGUGCAGUUGGGACUUGAGCCAAACUGGGCAAUGCUGGUCUAGUUUGUUGGAUACUAAAAUGACUACGCCAACUUUUCUCUUGGGUCCAUUUACUUGGAGUAUCCUUUUUCGUACUUUUACCCUGAGGUGAUAUCUGUCCUUGAAGAUAAGUUCAGAAGACCCAAGCACACAACAGCAGUAACUAACCUCACCUGUCAUGCCUGGGCAGACCUCUGCAGUAGCUGUACUCCUGUGUCUGGCUGUAAUUUUACAUGGCUAUCAAAUAAGAGAAAAAGAAUUUCCAGAAGCCAGAGGCUAUCUUCAAUAUACUGCAACAACAACAGAACAGAUCACAGCAAAACCUCCACUACCACUGACUAACCAAACAUCUCAUGCAACUUUAGCAUCAAGGUCCAAGGAUGAUUACAUUCAAACGGCUGCCGAAACUUCCACUUUUGAAGACACAGCCCACAUAACAAUGAAAACAGCAAUCCCAGUAACUACGAAGAGCCUUCUACCCAUCAGCUCAACUAGCUAUACCUUUGUUAGAACUAAUAACUCACACAUGACUGCUUCAUCUACUGAAGAUACUAUUGGCUCUGGCUCAAUUACACAUUUACCAUUUCCUACAACCAGAGCUAGUCUAGCUGCUGUCAAUCAUAUAACUGGGAGAAGUACCCAACUUGGUGGUCAGACUACCCUUCCCAAAGCACUUUUCACACCAUCACACGAAAGCACAACCACUCAGAGGCCAACUCUAUCCACUAUUGUCUCAGAACUAACACCUACAGGCAAGGACAGAUCAACAACUUCAUCUGUUCCCUUAGUUCCCAGGCCUACUUUUGUAACUUGGUCAUCACCUGCCAAGAUUGGAACUUAUGAAGUACUAAAUGGAAGCAGGCUCUGUAUAAAAGCAGAGAUGGGAAUAGCGCUGAUUGUUCAAGAAAAGGGUUUGGAUUCUGCAACCCAGAGGCACUUCAACAUUGACCCCAGUCUAACCCAUGCAUCUGGGAAAUGUGGCUCCCAAAACUCCAACCUCUUCUUGAAUUUCCAGGGUGGAUCCGUGAAUGUCACAUUUACCAAGGAAGAAAACUUAUAUUACGUUAGUGAAGUUGGAGCUUAUUUGACCAUCUCAAAUACAGAGAAGACCUACCAAGGAAAGAGUACUAUGAUGAUGUUUGAGACAGUAGUUGGGCAUUCUUUCAAGUGUGUCAGUGAGCAGAGCAUCCAGCUAUCAGCUCAGCUUCAAAUGAAAACAAUGAAUAUCCAUCUUCAGGCCUUUGAUUUUGAAGGAGACUCCUUUGGAAUUGUGGACGAGUGUUUGUCAGACUACACAGUUGUGCUUCCUGUGGUUGGGAUCAUCGUGGUUGUCCUCUGUGUUGUGGGUCUGGGCAUCUACAAAAUCCGCCAAAGGCGUCAGUCAUCUGCAUACCAGAGAAUCUAAUUUGAAACCAAAGGAAAUGGCAAUAAAGGAGUUUAAAAAGAAUUUCAUCAUUUCCAGAACGUUGGAGGAAUCUCUUCCUCACUACCUUCUUCCAAAACCAAUGAGUGAUUAGUGAUUUAAAUUGAAGCAGCAUAUCGGUUCUGAAUAUUUUUGCUCAUUUCAUGAAAGACUAAGGAAGAUACUGAGCAGUAUUUUCUAGCUUUUGUUGGAAAAAUUUAACUAUUCAAAUGAAUAUUUGAGAUACACAGAAUUAAUAUAAUGUUCAAAGGUCAUAGAUAUUUACAAAUUAUAAACCAAAAUAAUUGAUUUUAAUUAGUCCUACCUUUAUUUGCCUAGAGAAAUUUAUUUUAACAUCAACAUUUUUAUUUUAAGAUAUUUUGCUGGAUUUUCUUACCAUUUGUGCUUAUUGAGGUAUGAAUAUUUGACAUGGUACUCACCUUCUAUUUAAAUAUUUCUAGUUAUCAAAAUAACAUAACUCGUAUUGUUUAGACUUUACAUGAAAAUAAGAUACUCUUUACUCAUGACACAUUUCAGAACUAAUAAAGACUAAGAAAUCGCUUCCUACAGACAACAAAACUAAGUAAUAAAACAUCAUCAAAAAUCAUGUAACCAUGGCCAUAUUUAUAUGCUAUGCAUGUUAGCCUGAGAAAUUUAUUUUGAUUUUCUUUAAUCUUCCUUAUUUACAGAUGACUCUGUGUUAAGAAAAUAAAAUCUAUUCAUCACCUACACUAAAUUCUAUUUUCCCUCUCAUUCUGUUUCUCUCUCUCUCUCUCUCUCUCUCUCUCUCUCUCUCUCUCUCUCUCUCUCUCUCUCUCUCUCGCCCUUAUCAAUUCAACAGAGAGUAAAACCAGAACUGGAAUUCA